UCUCUACAAGAGGUCUCUAUAGACCUUUAAACGAUACAUAUAUCAUACUCGAGUACAAUAUCAGUAUGUAACUACUAUGACUUGGUUCUCGAGCGUCAUUGCUUCACGUCGUCAGUAGAAGCAGAUAGAACAAGUGUUCUGCUAGAUACACGAAGAUUGGCAGAAAUUAAUUAACACAAUUUUUUCUCUUUUAAAAUGGCCGAUACUAAUGAUGUACCUAUAGAUCAGUCUAUAUCAGAUAGAUUUUUAGAAAAGGGACGUAAAUCACCGUUCCUUAUAGCAAGUUUAGUAAGCUUAGCAGGCAUUUGUGCUUAUGGCGCUUACAACUUUAAGAAGAAAAAUAUUAGCACACAGUUCUAUUUAAUACAAUUGCGUGUCGCCGCUCAAGGAACAGCGAUUGCCUGCUUGACAUUUGGCAUGGUUUACCAUAUGAUUAAGAAGCAUGUAUUACAUGAUAAGAAUGAACCAUAACAUAAUUGAAAUAUAGUUCACAUCUGUAGUUUAAUUGUCUUUCAAAAUGAUAAAUGAUAAAAAGUACAUGCGAAACAAAACCAGCUCAAUGUGAAAAAAUUAUUGUAUAUGAAAAUACAUGACAUAUAAUUUAUUUUAUUACAUGUUACAGUUGUCACUUGUAGCACAGUUAGUAAUUUUAUUUGAAGCUUCAUCUUUUUGAUAAUUCAUAACAAUACAAAUAUUAAUGAGAUGUGUAAUUUCAUGUUUAUUAAAUAUAGCUCUGUUGUAUUAUAUCA